GCGGGCCACGAGAGGUGGUGUGGACUGUGGAGUGUGGAGCAGUGUGCAGCUGGCCGCCAGCCUCAGUCGUCCUCAUCGUCCUCUGUCACUCUUUUCCUACAUGAGGGAAAUUCAGCUGGCGGUCACUGAUCUCCACCCUCACCCAAACAAGAAGUUGUUUCUGUUACCUGGGGCAGCGGACCAAUGGGGAGCCUGGACGAGAGAGGCGGAGUCUAAGUGAGGCAUCCCACUGGUCGACGCGCUGACUCUAGGAAAACAUCUAUGAUGCACACAGGUUUCAUCCUUAGUACUUAUCGGCUAUAGGGCGAUAGUUGAAUGCCCGCGACCCGGGGUGUGUGUCAGUGGAGUGUUGUGGUGCCGUGGCGUGGCAGCACUGAGUCGCGCCUCGCCCUCCUCAGGCGCAAGGUGUGUAGUCACAGCUGCAGCAGAUCACAGUUGAGGAUGAAUCACGAGUGACAGUGCCCAGCAAAGUAGGAAUCAAUUAAUUAGUUACUGAAAACUUAUCAGUUUCUUAGAAGCAUCACAAGAGUCAUGCCACCCACACCCUCCACUCUGCUGCGCCUCUUCACCCGAGGGGUCCGUCAGCAAGCUCCUGGACCACUCCGUUCCUCUCUCCGGGCCACUUCUGUCUCCAAGUCUGAUGUGAUCCCUGCUGGAGACAUCACUAGCACGCCCAUACCAGAAAUCACUGAUGUGUUUCCAGGACUCCACACCCAUGAACACGUCCAUCAAUUUUCACUAGACCACCCGGAGGAGUUCUGGGGUCAGCUGGCCCGAUCGCGGCUUGAGUGGCAGCGGGAGUUCAAGACAGUGACGGCACAUGAGCCAGAGAAGGCCAUAUUUAGGUGGUUCCCUGACGGCCAGCUCAACGUAUCGGUGAACUGCGUUGACCGCCACGCCCGCCACCAUCCCGACCGAGUAGCGCUGCUGUGGGAGAAGGACGAACCAGGACAACAGGAGCCGAUUACCUACAGGCAACUAAAAGAUGAGGUGUGCCGGCUGGCCAACGUCCUGCGAGCGAGCGGCGUCGGUAAAGGGGACAGGGUGGCCCUCUACCUGCCAGUGUCACCCCUCGCCGUGGCCUCCAUGCUCGCCUGCGCCAGGAUCGGGGCUGUCCACUCCGUUGUCUUCGCUGGUUUCUCUGCCGAAGCUCUUGCCUCCAGGAUCCAGGACGCCGGGGCGGAGACGGUGAUCACGACAGACCAGGCGGUGCGGGGCGGCAAGGUGAUCCAGCUGAAGCAGGUGGUGGACGCCGCGGUGGCCAAGUGUCCCUCCGUCAGGCAGGUGUUCGUGGGCACGCGGACUGAAUCACAGGUGAAGAUGGGGCCCAAGGACAUAGCGCUGGACAAGGCCCUGAGUUGCGAGGGGACGGAGUGUGAGCCAGCUGUGCAAGACGCCGAGGACCUGCUGUUCCUACUGUACACUUCUGGCAGCACUGGGUCACCUAAGGGCGUGGCGCACACCUCUGCUGGGUACCUCCUCUACGCUGCCACCACACAUAAGCACGUGUUCGACUACCGCGACGGGGACGUGUUUGGGUGCGUGGCGGACGUCGGCUGGAUCACGGGCCACUCCUACGUGGUGUACGGUCCCCUGGCUAACGGCGCCACCACGGUACUCUUUGAGAGCACCCCAACCUACCCAAAUCCAGGUCGGUACUGGGAGACAGUGGCCCGGUUGGGCAUCACUCACUUCUACUGCGCCCCCACCGCGCUGCGUCUGCUGCUGCGUUACGAGGACGACUGGGUGAAGCGCUAUGAUCGCUCCACGCUGCGGGUGCUCGGCUCGGUGGGUGAACCGCUCAACCACGAGGCGUGGCACUGGUUCAACGACUUGGUGGGCGAGAAGCGCUGCACACUCGUGGACACUUGGUGGCAGACAGAAACUGGAGGCAUCAUGAUCAGCCCUCGACCCUCUGCCCCGGGAGCCCCCGUCCUGCCAGCCCUGCCCAUGCGACCCAUGUUUGGAGUGAAGCCUGUGCUGUGUGAACCCAGCGGAGGUGUCGUGGAGGGCAUGGGCGUGGACGGCGCUCUGUGCGUGGGAUCCGUGUGGCCCGGUAUUGCUCGCACCAUCUACGGCGACCACAAGCGCUACGUUGACACCUACUUCAGUCCCUACAAAGGAUAUUACUUCAGCGGCGACGGCGCCCACCGGGACCAGGACGGCUACUACCACAUUACGGGUCGCAUGGAUGACGUUAUUAACGUGACGGGACAUCGUCUGGGCACCGCCGAGGUGGAGGAUGCCAUGAUGGAACACCCUGAUGUGGCUGAGGUGGCGGUGGUCGGGUUCCCGCACGAAGUGAAGGGAGAGGGUGUGUUUGCCUUCAUGAUUCUCAAGGAUCACACACAUGAAUCCACUGAGGAGAUCAAAAACGACCUCAGAAAACUGGUGCGCUCCAAGAUAGCAGGUUACGCCGUUCCUGAGACCUUCCUGAUAUGUCCAGGACUGCCUAAGACACGCUCGGGCAAGAUCAUGCGUCGAAUCCUGAGGAAGGUGGCAGCCAAUAAGCCUGGAGAGCUGGGCGACAUCUCCACCCUGGCUGACCCCACCAUCGUGCAGAGCAUCAUUGACGCCUACAACGAGAAUCGCUGACGCCAUUCCUCGACACUACACUCCGCAGAGCAACACAACACAUGCGCUCACACCACUGGAGACGCUACGCUUGCUUCCACGUAUCAGUAAUCUGCCACGAUUUGUAUGAUGUCCCACGACAGAAGGUGCGCUCUCACCUAAGUCGCCGAAGAGAUGUUUUGACUUCUUAGACUAUUAAUGAAGCUACUGGUGAAGGAAACUGCAAAAUGAAGCAGGAUUUUGUUAUAAUAUUUGAAGUUUCGAGGUUUCGCUGAGAGGAGAGACUAUAUUGGAUUAUUCUGAGCGCGUUUUCUAACAUGGAACGUUUAAAUCAUUUUUUUUUUUUUUUUCGUAUAUGUCUGUCGUUGUUGUGUGGUCCAUGCCCGUGUUUGCUAUACCAUGUAAGUACUUUACUGUUUAUCUCAUGCUACAAUGCCGUAAGUAAUUCUUUGCACCUGUCAGUCUUGUAAAUCCCAAUGGUGUGUCAUGUAUCACCAUUGACUUCUUUUCUCCUAUUCCUCAGUUGACACGGAUGCUGAUUAACACAAGCAAAGCAGGUAUUACUUUUAUAGCCAAUGACAACACUUGAAUGCACAAAUGAUGCAACAAAACGGGGUAUCGAGUUUCAGUGCCUUAAUUUUACUAUUUCCAUAAAUGAUAACUCCUUUUGUAGCUCUAUCUAUAUGUAAGGGGUUUAAUCUUUUAACUAUGCAAUACUUACGACUUAUCAGUGCGUGUGUGUGUGUGUGUGUGUGUGUGUGUGUGUGUGUGUGUGUGUGUGUGUGUGUGUGUGUGUGUGUGUGUGUGUGUGUGUGUGUUUCAAGUUAAAUGGGAGAUAUAGGAGAUAACAUGUUUUAUUUCCUCGACAUUCCUUUUUUUUUUUUCUUUUCUCGGAGAUAUUUAACGGUCGUCUGUCCACCUCACGUGUGUCUGGUGUGCUUGAGGACUACCUAGUGAGGUGAUGGAACGCGGUUCUUCACCAUAACAAACUCUGACUUUUCUUUACCAUCUAUGUGCGCUUCCAUGUCACAUACGUAUGCUCCCUCGAUUCCCGAAUUCGCAUCUACUUCUCAUCAUCACAUUUGCUACCAUCUUCAGCCCCCCCGCCUCUCCCCCCCCCCCUCUCUCUCUCUCUCUCUCUCUCUCUCUCUCUCUCUCUCUCUCUCUCUCUCUCUCUCUCUCUCUCUCUCUCUUCCACACUUUACUUCCCGCUCCUCAAUCAAUUCACCGCCGUCACUGCCAACACCCCAACACUCUGCGGCUCUAAUCACUGAGCAACACUUACAGCAAGACGGGUAGGAUUUCAUUGCUUAAGUACACGCUAAGUUUCAACAGAAGGUACGACUAUACAUCAGAGCGGCUGUGCAGGGGUGGCAGUACUGACCAUUCCUCGCGUUGUGAAUUUCAUGAGUGGAAAAUUUAUGAAGUUCUUAUGUCAAUUUACAAAUAUUGCAGGUUUUCUUUUUUUGUUCUUUUCUUUUCUUUUUUCUUCCAGGGCGAUAACCUUAAUGCUUAUCAAGAUUCGUAAGUUUUAAAAAAUCCAAUUAAUAAUCAGAUUUCAGCGAAAAACAUAUAUAUAUAUUAAUGGUAGCUUGUCCGCCACUACCUAAACCUUCGUUUUAACUUCGUUUUGUGACGACCAUUAUUGCCGUUCUCUACAAGAUGAGGUGCGUGGGAGAAGCCGCCGCGUGCCAGCACCUCUCCACGCGUGUAACCUUUUUCCUAAGGACAAUAUUAUGUUAUGCUUGGACUGUAAUUUUUUUUCUUCCAUAUCCCUCUCCUGAGCAUUUCUGUAUUCAGGUAGUACAGGAAAGUGAGGCUCGGGCUGUUCAGCACGCCCAGUAAGGGCUACGUUUUCUACAGCUAUGCAAAUUAAAAGUCAAAAUUAUUCUUUGGCCAUGUAUGUGAUUCAUUCUCUUAAAAUACAGUACCAAAAUUCUCAUUAGUGGGCAAAACCAAUUUGAGGGAAAUGUCACGGUAAUGCGUCAGCUGUGCUCCAGAAGAAGUGCCUUUUCCUGAACCAAUACCUGAUAAUUAUGAAAUCUGUGAUACUGAAUUGCCUUUGGGUGAGAGCCAUUCCCAGCAGCCCCUGAAAUUAAUUUCAACCAUCUCCGGAGUACUGGAGGUAAGGAAACUCUUUAUUUUAUUACAUAUUUUGAAAAAACACUAACUGUCACAUCACUGCUGCCUUGGGAGUUAAGGUUUAAAAUUAGUGGCAAUGCAAAUAGAAGUCUUAGUGCCAUGCGAAAAUAAUAUAGAAAUCACGUACUACAAAAUGCUUUUGCUUUCCUGAGGCAAUGAAGGUUGCUCAGUUUGGUUGUUUUGUGGUGGACACACUGAAGAGCAUUUAUUAAUCAUGCAGCGACAUGCAAAAUUAAUGUCCUUUAUGGGUGGAUGUUUGAGAGAUGUUAUUAUUAUUAUUAUUAUUAUUAUUAUUAUUAUUAUUAUUAUUAUUAUUAUUAUCAAUAUUAUUAUUAUUAUUAUUAUUAUUAUUGAUAAUUAAAAGGUUGGCUUCCUUUGUUAAGUUUGAAUGUAGGUAUUGAUAGUAAUUACCCAUGCCACACUACAAAUGAUGGUAAAAACAAAAUUAAAAAUACAUUUAGUAUGAAAA